CCGGGCGCGGGGGCGUGGCCGGGCGCAGAGCGGCGCUGAUGGCGGAGCAGCGCGUGUCGCGCUGGUACUUCGGCGGCCUCGCCUCGGUCGGAGCCGCCUGCUGCACCCACCCGCUGGACCUGCUGAAGGUCCACCUGCAGACGCAGCAGGAGGUGAAGAUGCGGAUGAUGGGGAUGGCAAUGCAUGUGAUCCGCAACGAUGGCUUCCUGGCCCUCUACAACGGGCUCAGCGCCUCGCUGUGCCGGCAGCUGACAUAUUCCUUGACUCGCUUUGCCAUCUACGAGACCGCGAGGGACCGCUUGGGCCAGGGCAGCCAGGGGCCUCCCCCCUUCUACCAGAAAGUGCUGCUGGGUGCAGUGGGAGGUUUCACCGGCGGGUUCGUGGGGACCCCGGCAGACCUGGUGAACGUCAGGAUGCAGAACGACAUGAAGCAGCCGCCCGCCCUGCGGCGCAACUAUUCCCAUGCCCUGGACGGCAUAUACCGCGUCCUCCGGGAAGAGGGCUUGAAGAAACUCUUCUCGGGAGCUACGAUGGCAUCCAGCCGAGGGGCCCUAGUCACCAUUGGGCAGCUCUCCUGUUAUGACCAGGCCAAGCAGCUGGUUCUCACGACUGGGUUGCUGUCAGACAACAUCUUCACUCACUUCCUGGCCAGCUUCAUCGCUGGUGGAUGCGCCACAUUCCUGUGCCAGCCCAUGGACGUGCUCAAGACCCGCCUCAUGAACUCCCAGGGCGAGUACCGGGGUGUUACCCACUGUGCCGUGGAAACUGCCAAGCUUGGCCCCCUCGCCUUCUACAAGGGCUUCGUUCCUGCUGCCAUCCGGCUGAUUCCUCACACCAUCCUCACCUUUGUCUUCCUGGAACAGCUGCGCAAAUAUUUUGGGAUCAAAGUGAUCACUUGAGUCGGAGGGACGGGGACCCUGUCUCGCCCCAGAGGGGUGAGCGUGUUGGGUCACUGCUGAGAUCCCAGACCCCCAGUCUGGGCCCAGCGCUGCUCCCCUUACCCCACCCCCGUGCCUUGCCAGUGGCCAGCCAGUCCCAGCCUCCCCUUUCCUCUCUCACCCCCAGUCUCAGCAUCUCCAUUACUUCUGGGAUAGUCUUGGGCCUCCUGUCCCCUCUGUACUGUUGAUUUUGGGGGGUUUUUCUGCCAUCUUCCCACUGCACGACUGGCCACAGGUUCUGUCCUUACCCCCUCACGGGAGCAGGGCUGUGCUGCCCCGGGGAGGACGGGGGCUCCAGCCGUCUGGCUCCAUGCCUGGUCCCAGACCCGCCGGUGCUGGGGGGGCUGGUGCUGGGGGUGGUGGGGCUGGCUCACUCCCAGCCUCUGCUGCAAACAGCAAGGGGGGGAUGCAGGCUUAGCGCAGCGAGGCCCCCUCCUCCCUGGGUGCUUCUGGCCCCACGUGCUCCUCCAGUGACCCCCAUGCAGCCUGGCCUCUCCCUUCUGUUCCCGGCCUCCCCUCUUUACACCCCCCGACCUCCCCAAACACCCCCUGCUUCUGCUCAGCCAAAGCUCGCCAGCGCCCAACGGCUGCUGGGCUCCUCAGGGAUUGUGCCUCACACCAAUGCCGACAGAGGCCGGAGCCCAGGGGCAGGGGGCAGCCCCUCAGCCCCCCCCCGGCCCCGAUGGCUGGGUGUGGGCUGGAGCCCUUCCCCCCCGGGCUCCAGGCAGGGCCCCCCCGAGGACCCCCCACUUGCUCACCCUCCACCAGACCCGGCCUGGAGGGGGGGGGUGUCCGUCCAGCACCGCUCUGCGGCCUCGCCCACCCCCAGCCCCACGUGCACCCAGGCUGCCUCACGGCCCCCCCCUCUGCCUGUGCACCCCCGUGUGCGGUGGCCCCGAGGGAUCAAAGAACUGGAAUAUCUGUGAUCUUAAUAUAUAAUAAACAGUGGAACAAGCA